AUGUCUACAUUCCAGAAUGACAUUAGAGUUGCUGGACGGAGUGAGACACCCCUGACCGAAAUCUUGGGUCGAAAUGGCUUGCCCGACAAGAGCUGGCUGGUUGACAAAUUCGACUUGAAUUUGGCAAUGAUCGCGAAACAUGCAGGGCACUCCCAUCCACGGACCCUCAGGACUGGGGAUGGCAUGCCGGGCAUGACGAUCACCUAUGCCCUGAUCCAGCGUGUCGAGAAGGUUGCCGAGGUGUCUGAUAGAGCUCGAAUCAUCACCAAAGCUGAAGUCUCCCGACUCCUCAGUCGGGCAGGAAGCGUGGUGGGCUGCGAGUACCAAAAAUUUGGGAGAAGCAGCAAGGAGUACGGUCCCGUGAUCCUCUGCACUGGUGGCUUCGCAGCAGGUGUUGGACCUGGAUCUGUGCUGGCAAAGUACCGGCCCGACUUGGUGAACCUGCCAACGGCCAGCGCGGAGCAUUGCACAGGAGACGGGCUCAAGCUUGGUGAAGAUGUCGGUGCCAAGACUCUCGACCUGGAGUGGGUGCAACUCCAUCCGACAGGGCUGAUACACUUGGACGAGCCAGAGGCCCCUCGCAAGGCGAUUGCGGGAGAGAUCUUCCGUGCGGCGGGUGCGCUGCUGCUGGAUGCGUGUGGGGAGCGCUUCUGCAACGAGCUGGGGCCGGCAGACCACAUUCUAGAAGAGAUGUCCAAGAGGCCAGGCCGAGCCCCGUUUUGGCUCUGCCUGAACACGGCUGCAUCCCGAGAGCUGCAACGUCAAUGCCGGGCAUUCACUCGGCGGCGGCUCAUGAAGUGCUACGCGUCCGGCAAAGAACUCGCACAGGAGAUGAGGAUACCUCUGGAGAAGCUCGUGGAGGUGCACGAUGCCCAUGCCGAAGCCUUCCGCCGCACACUGAGGGACGCCGGGGAGAGCGAAGCCGAGAAGGGAGCAAAUGGGACGGGUCCGCGCUCCUACGACGAGGUUUCCGGGAAGCUGGGAUUUGGGAAGUGCGACUUUCGGAAUGUUUUGGUUGGCUCCAGGGUACCAGAUGAGACCUUCCAUGCUGCGCAAGUCACGCCGGGGCCUCAGACGCUGCGGAGCGGCGUCGCCCUGACCUUCGCGCUCGCCUGCCAGGUUUUGGAUGAUGCCGUUCCGCGGCAGGACCUUCUGCAUGCAGUGGGAUGCGACGUCGUCGGGUGGCAUCUUCGCUCUCUUGCGCAGUCGGUGGCCUUCCUCCUGGGGAGGGGAGCAGGCACAUCAGCAGGGCCCAGGCUGGCUGGCUGCGUGAGCCUGCAGGCCGAACACGAGCAAACCGCUGCAGCUGCAGGAUCUUGCCCCUCUGAAGUCGAAAUCUCGAGUUCUCAGCUCUCCCCGCGGGCUCUCCCCGGGUGCUCUGAGCUCCGCUGGCGCCAGGACGACCUGCGUGACGAGAGCCUUUGCAACAACGACCCGACUGACGAGAUUCUGGACGAUGCUGCCACGAACAAACUGAAGCAUGUGUCCUUCAAGGACGACAGUAGUCGGCCGACAUCGUGCACGAGAUAUCUACCAUCAGAUCGGGGUACUUCCUUGAGCGGCAGCAACUCGAAGAAGGGCGUACCGCUGACGACUUUUGUUCUAGAAGCGCGCAAGAGGAAGAUGCUGCAAGGAAGGAUCAAGUUACUAUCCUUCCUUGGCAAAAACGGCUUCAAGACCCACGAUGUGAAUGCAAAGAAGAGUGGAGUUUUCGGCUUUUCCCGUACUUAUCCGUUGCACGAGGCUGCAAAGCAGGAUCAUGCUUCGAUGGUGCGUUGGCUGUUACAUUUCGGAGCUGAUUCAGCUAAGAAGGACAGCUCAGGCCGUACAGCCUACGACUAUGUCAAGACCAAGCCUCCCAGCGAUGAGGUGCGCCGGGUCCUGGAGAAGCACGACAUGUGCCAGCGGCAGUCUGCAUGGCACAGGAUCUGGCCGCCACAGGGCUUCGAUGAGUUCCUGGAGGAGGUUAGGAGCUUUUACCAAGCUGAUGCGGAAGCGCAGGUGGCCCUGCCCGUCUUCUGGCUUCAGGCGUUCAAGCAGAAACACCUGCUAUCCCCGUUCCGGGGCGUGCUCACUGCAAGCGGUGCAGACAAAUCGCUACUCGCCCAUGCGCAUACUGAGAGCCGUUCCAUUUCUGGAGACAAAAAAGGUGAGCGAAAGAUGACAGAUGUCGAGAAGCAAGCCGAUGCGAUCGUCCAUGCGGUCGUUGCAGUCGAGCUUCUCCAUUGGCAUGGGAAGCUGGGUGGGACCCUGGAGCCCUUCGGCAGAAUUCGCUGUCAGUGCGUCUACGUUCCCGUGCUUCCCAGGCUGAAGCGGUUGACGAAUCGCAAAGAUAGCGCAGAUGAUUUCAAAAUAGACAUGAAGACCGGCCGUAAGCUGUCGCGCCCGAGUAGAGUUCACGAUGCAGCCCUUGAGAAGCAGUUCACCCUGGGUUUCGCUUUCACUGGCGUGGCCUUGGAUGCUUUGAGUAGAGGCGACAACGGAGUUUGGCUUCCUCUUGCCCGAUACCAGGCUCGCAGGGAGCUCAACCUUGCGGACGUAGAGCCGGGUGAGGAUCCACAAGCCAAGGAUCUUGUGGCUUUCAGCCAGGGUUUCGUGAAGUCUGACGCUGGCCAGGAGAUGGUUCAGGUUACUUCUCGAGCUGUGGGACAUGGUGAUGCCAGACAAAACAUCUGGAUCCUUCCUGUGUUCGUGGAUCACGAUCGCUCUUCGCACGCCGAGCGGCAGGCCUUGCUGGUUUUACUCCAGGCUGCUCCGAUCGAUCCCGUGAGUGAAGGUGUGAAGAAGGGAGUGACUGGCCAGAUGCGGGUCUUCGCCAGCCAUACUCCAUGCAUUUCGUGUCUCUCUUCCAUGUGCCAAUUCACCAGAUGUUUCGAAGGCUGGCUGUCAUUGGUCACCUAUGACACCUGGAAGGAGACUCGACGAUGGAUUGGCCUCGAUCCACCUGAUGAAAUUCCGUCCGAAGAGGAUGAGGAGGAGAAGGCUUCGUUUGCAGAGACAGCGACAGGGUGGAUUUCAUCGCAGGUUUCCAAGUCGCAGACAUGCACAGCUUUCGCUGGCCAGGCGUGA